AAUACCUCCGUUAAACUAAAAUCUAGCAACUCGUAAUGUCCGGACGCGGCAAAGGUGGUGGUAAGGUCAAGGGAAAGUCAAAGACCCGUUCCAACAGAGCCGGACUCCAAUUCCCCGUAGGACGUAUUCACCGUCUCCUCCGCAAGGGCAAUUACGCCGAGCGCGUUGGUGCCGGUGCUCCGGUCUACCUCGCAGCCGUCAUGGAAUACCUUGCGGCUGAGGUCCUCGAGUUGGCUGGCAAUGCCGCUCGGGACAACAAGAAAACCCGUAUCAUCCCCCGUCACCUCCAGCUGGCCAUCCGUAAUGACGAGGAGCUCAACAAAUUACUCUCGGGAGUGACCAUCGCCCAGGGUGGAGUACUGCCCAACAUCCAGGCCGUUCUCUUGCCCAAGAAGACCGAAAAAAAGGCGUAAAUCGCUACUUAAACAA